AUGGCCAUGAAACGAAGUGUGAUCGUGUUCGGCGCCACAGGCGAUGUGGGCUCUGCGGCAGCACUACAGGCUCACCAAGACGGUGCCAAAGUUUCUCUCGCCGUCCGAGACCCGACAAAGCCAAUCCCCAGACUGGACAACAUUGAGUUCGACAAAAUUUCAGCUGAUCUCACCAAGCCCGAAACCGUCGAAGCUGCUGUCCGUCAAUCAGGCGCCACUGUGGCCUUCAUUUAUGUUGUCGGAGACGGUCAAAUGAGGGCCAGCCUUCUCGCCCUCAAAGAAGGCGGGGUCAAGUCUGUGGUUUUCUUGAGUAGCUUUACGGUCACGGGUGAUAUUCAUGCCACGCCCUCUACCGAUUUUAUCGCUUACCGCCACGCACAAUUGGAAAUUCAAUUGGAGGAGGUCUUCGGGAAUGAGGGCUUUGUUUCAAUUCGCCCGGCUUACUUCUCAAGCAACAUUCUCAACUUCAAGAAGGGUAUCUUGGAAGGCGAAGUCGAGUUGCCCAACCCUGACGCAGAAUUCGACUGGAUUUCACCUGAUGAAGUCGGACGGGUUGCUGGCAAGAUCCUUGCUCAUGGCUCCCAGGAUCAUGCUGUGGGGAUUGUUGGACGAGAGAAGCUGUCGCUGAGGGAUGGACUGGGUGUUAUUGGUGAGGUUUUGGGAAAGUCCAUUAAAAUCGUCAAGAUUGGAGAAGAAGAGGCAGUGAACCAACUUUGUGAGAUUGGGAUUCCCUUGCCGGUUGCCGCUUGGAUAGUCCACGAUGCGGUGUACGAUGCAGGCAAAACACUGCGUGCAGAUGAGUACCCAGAAGCCUCGAAAAGUGUGCUCAGGUACACCGGAAAGGCCCCAAUUGGGCUGAAGGAGUGGAGCGAAGAAAACAGGCAGAGAUUUGAGUUCUAA